AUGGGCCAGACGUUUAGCCAAGACAACACCGAUGAAGCGGCAAAAGUUCUCGUACUAGAGCUGUUCACAAAGGAAAAAAUCACGAGAUUCUUUCAAUUGCGAUGUGUGCAUCUCCUCUCCCCUGAGGAGCUCUCCACAUUAACCUCGAGUCUCGAUCUCACAUCUGCCAAUGAUCGAGAAACCGCAAUUUCGUAUGCCCAAGUGGCGCAUCUCCUUCAUUUGGCCAAUGAUGUGACAGAGUUGAGUACGAGCUGCAAUGAAGCGAUCAAGCUUUUGGCAGACACAUUCACUGUUCUAGGGAGUUUACCGUUCCUUCGAGACUCGGUUGAAAAUGUCGAGUGGCCAUUGACCUUGAAGGGGUUGCUCAUCGCAUCUGCUGUUUUCCUGGGGAGAAUAAGACGUCUUCUUGGCCACAAGUAUGAUUACUUGAAACUUCUAUAUAUUGCCUUUGCUGCAAGUUCAAGUAGGGCCAAUCCGCCACCAGUGGAGAAGUCCGAAUCUGAUCCUGAGAAAAGUUCGAGUCCAUCUGGUGAUGACGAGUUUGUGGUGGAAGCAGUGAGGCCGCCACCUGAUCGUGAGGACGAGCUUGAUGACACACUUACAGCACGAAGGAUCAAGUGGGACACGUGUGCUACGAUUAAGUCUUACGAUGAGAUAGAUAUCAAUAGUUUGCAAUUGAAGGCCUCCGAUUUUGCUAAAAUAUUGGCUAUUUUAUUGAUAGUGGGGUCUGUUCCCAAGAAAUCUCACAGGGACAUGCAAGCACAAGUGCAGCAAAGUUUGAAAGAGAAGUGGACCUCUUUUGAAGAGGCAGCAUAUUCAGUGUUAAAAUACUUUGACCUCGAAGUCGACAAGAUCAACGCCAAGCAGAUCUCAGUAUCGUAUGAAGCAUUCAGAGCGGGCUGUAAAAAUGGUAUCGGAAGUUUUAUUAUUGAUACCCUAGCUAAGCUCGUAAACGGGAGUAUUUUUUCCUCUAUAACCUCCGAUGGUAAUGCGGAGGCGGGAGACAAACCUCCCAGCACCGAGGAGUCUCCUAAGUCCCCAUCAAAAACACGCACACUGAGAAAAUUUGAAGAAUCAAGACUUAUAAACGAACCGUCAAUUGCCUUGAUAUCUCUAGCGCUUCGCAAUGCUGGCACCCGACACACGGUGGAUACAGCCAAUCUAGUCCAGCUCUACAACGGCUCCCAGAGUGGUUUUUCGAUUAGAUCGCUCGAGCAGAAGAUUUUCAAGUGGCAUGCACCUACUGUCUUCCUCGUUUCGGGCAAACGACUUAAGCAAAAAACAAUCAACACCAAUCGAAGAUACCAGCAAUUUGAUCAGGAGUACCCGAGAUACUUUCUCGCCAACGAGAACUCUCAAAAAGAUUGGCAGGCCAAUCACGAUGUUCUCACAUACGCGGUGUUUGUUCAUCUGCCCUGGAAAAGCUCGAACAAAAAGAACUUCGGCGACGAAGAGGCGGUCGUCAUUAGCCUUCUGCCGCACUUCGACUACUACAAGACCAAGCCAGACCCUGUUUUGCAAGGCAAGCUGACAUACUUUAGCAAUUUGGGAAUGGGCAUUGGGUUUGGAAACGAUCAACCCGUGAACAAAAACACCAUACGCAAAUAUCUACCAGGAAAUGUAUCUCUUACAAUUGAGGCUAACCUCGAAUUUGCGAUAUUCAGGCAUAUCAGCAACGGGGGUCCUCACACAACAACUUAUUUUGAGAAGUCAACACAAGAAAGGCUUCACGAUGAGGACUUUGAGGAUAGAUUCAUGAUAACGGAUAUCGAGGUUUGGGGGGUAGGCUCCAACAAGGAGUUGGAUGAACAGCGAAAACAAUGGGAGUGGGAAGAGAAACAAGCAAAAGCACGACAAAGCGUCAAUCUUAGGAACACUGGCGAAGAACGUGCGUUCCUCGAGAUGGCGGGUUUAGUAGGAAACCACGGAUCAGGUGGCUCCAUCUGA